CAUUGCUAACUAGCAAGUAUUUCCUGCCUGUGACUGGACACAGCAAUGGACAUCGACGCGUUAUUGGAAGCGUUUCAAGAUUAUGAGAAGAAAGGGAAGAGAGAGACCUGUCCUGUACUAGAGCAAUUCUUAUGUCAUGUUGCCAAGACGGGCCAACCAUUGAUCCCGUGGUCACAGUUCAAAACAUACUUUAUGUUUAAGUUGGAAAAAGUCAUGGAUGAUUUCCACGCUUCAACACCGGAACAGAGAGGACUGCACAAUCCCAAUGUCGAGUAUGUUACCUUUGAAGAAAUGAAGAAGAGGAUCUUAAAAAUAGUGGAUGGUUACAAUGGAAUCCCGUUCACUAUUCAGCGCCUGUGUGAACUCCUUACAGACCCCAAAAGAAACUAUACAGGAACAGACAAGUUUCUCAGGGGUUUGGAGAAGAAUGUAAUGGUGGUCAGCUGUGUGUACCCUACAUCGGAGAAAAAUGGGGCAUCCAGUGUAAACAGAAUGAAUGGAGUGAUGUUUCCUGGUAACUCUUCUCUAUAUUCAGACAGUCGAAAUGUGAAUGGACCGGGAACACCGAAACCACUCACAAGACCAAAGCUGUCAUUGUCGACUUCGCUUUCCACCAAUGGGCUCCCUGACUGUCCGGUCAACAGGGAGCCAGAGCCAACCAAAGAGGAGGUGGAUGAGCACUGUGUCAGUGAAUCCUCAGUCUCAGAAGGUGCAACGACGCCAAGCAGUGGGAUAAAAAACAAACACCCGGAGGAAGAGGAGGAUUCUGACGCUGACAAGCAGGAGGUCAAGAGGCUGAAGUUUGAAGAAAAAGAGGAGGAUGAAACAGCAAGCGAAGAACAGGAGUCAUCUUGUCAUAAAGGGCCGGAGAGCUUGUCAGAGACACCAGAGUCUUCAAAAGACUCUUGUGAGGAAGAGUACAAAAGUGAAACUUCUUGUGACGCACCUAGUAUUUCAGAUGACGAUGACCUCAGCAGCACACAGACUGAACCUUCUGAAGAGGAAGGAAAUUCAUCUGAGUCCGUCCACAGUCCAAAGGAUGACAGCACUGUGGACCAAGCUGAGCAGCCAGCUUCAUCAGAGCAGAGUACGAGCUUUGAGCAGGACAGUGGGGAGAACAGCAGCAGCAGCAGCAGCAGCAGCAGUAGUGAUGGAGAGGGCUUAACCAGUGACAAGCAGGUCCCCUCUUCCAGUAGUUCACCUGACUUGUCAACAGAGGGUGGUGCUGACAUUUCAAAAGGCGCAGAGACUGCAAUAGAGCCUGAGGAACAUGACUAACUUGAAGGCCAGAUUGCCAACUGACUUUUUUUUACACUGUAUGAUACCGCACCAAGGGUAUAUCUGUAGCACUGUGGACCUUUAGGCUUCAGGACCAGGAGUGAUGUGGACCUCGAGAUUCCUCACAAGGAUCUUUUUGUCCUCUUCCGUUUCAACUUCUCAAGGCCACACGCCACCUGGUCUUUCAACUGGAAAGAGAUGAUUUAAAAAUGAUUAUGGAGACUGCCUUUUACACUGUUGACUAGACGUUUUUCUAAUCUUUUUAUCUUGAUUUUUAUAUUGGAACAUUAUAAUUUAACCUUGAUAACUGAUGUAUUCAGUAAUUUCAUUACUCAUUUGGCAUGUAUUUCCAAACAGAUACAUUUGACAGAGUUGUGUUUUUGCCUAAGCACAGUUGUUUUGAAGAUCUUUUUGAUGAAUGUGUCUCUCUCCAGGUGAAUGAGGACACCUGCCAUUGAGAACGUGAAGCAACGCUUCACAAAUGUCUGCUUUUUCUAUGAAGCACAUCCCAUGAAAUCUAUUUCUUAUUAAUAUUAUCUUGCACUUGUUAACACUGACCCCUUGAAGGAUGUGGAAAAUGUCAUAGUUUUGCUUUGUCACUGUAUGAAGCCACUAAAACACAAUAUUGCCAGUUUGGUUAGAUAGAAUAUUGGUUUGACUUAAGGGCAGCCAUUUCUGCAUCACACUCUGUAAACAAAACACAAGGUACUUUUACACUUUCUGUAUGUCAUACCUUAGUUGUGCAGCUGUCACUUUUGAUAAUUAGGGUUUUUACAGUACAUAUCUGUAAAUCAGUUUUUGUAGACUUGUAAUACAUGUCCACUGCCUUCGUAAAACUGAUAAUCGCUGGAAAUUGAAGGCUUCAGCUUGUACCAUAGUACUCAUGGAAAGCAAUAAAUGCUAAAAUUUGAA